AUGCCCGGGGCCGCCGAGCUGGAGGAGAGGUUCGGCCGCGUCCUGAAUUCCAUGAACCUGCCCCCAGACAAGAUGAAACUGCUCAACCAGUACGACAACGAGAAGAAGUGGGAGCUGAUCUGUGACCAGGAGCGUUUCCAGGUGAAAAACCCUCCGUCCGCCUACAUCCAGAAGCUGAAGAGCUACUUGGACACGGGUGGUGUCAGCAGGAAGUUCAAGAGGCGAGUGCAGGAGUCCACACAGGUGCUCAGGGAGCUGGAGAUUUCCUUGAGGACCAACUACAUUGGCUGGGUCCAGGAGUUCCUCAACGAGGAGAACAAGGGGCUGGACGUGCUGCUGCAGUACCUCGCCUUCGCCCAGUGCUCUGUCGCGUAUGACAUGGAGAGCGCAGAGAACAGCAGCCCCGGCUCCGACAAGGGCAAGGAGCAGUCGCUGGAGGACCUGAACAAAAGCACCUCCUCGUCCCCCACCCAGGGCUCCUCCAAACCGCGGCCCCUCACUGUAAGGCUGAACCCCUCGCACAGCAGGAAGACGCUGCGCAACUCCCGCCUCGUCAGCCAGAAGGACGAUGUCCACGUCUGCAUCAUGUGCCUCCGCGCCAUCAUGAACUACCAGUCUGGCUUCAGCCUGGUGAUGAACCACCCAGCCUGUGUCAACGAGAUCACCCUGAGCCUCAACAACAAGAGCGCCAGGACCAAGGCCCUGGUGCUGGAGCUCCUGGCCGCUGUUUGCCUGGUCCGAGGUGGCCACGACAUCAUCCUGGCUGCCUUCGACAACUUCAAGGAGGUGUGCGGGGAGAAGAACCGCUUUGAGAAGCUGAUGGAGUAUUUCCGAAACGAGGACACCAACAUCGACUUCAUGGUGGCCUGCAUGCAGUUCAUCAACAUCGUGGUGCACUCGGUGGAGAACAUGAACUUCCGCGUGUUCCUGCAGUACGAGUUCACCCACCUGGGGCUGGACCAGUACCUGGAGAGCCUGCGCCUCACCGAGAGCGACAAGCUGCAGGUGCAGAUCCAAGCCUACCUGGACAACGUCUUCGACGUGGGGGCCAUGCUGGAGGACUCGGAGACCAAGACGGCGGUGCUGGAGCACAUGGAGGAGCUGCAGGAGCUCGUCAGCCAGCUGACGGAGAAGCUGCAGGAUGCGGAGAACGACUCCAUGGCCAAGAUAGCGGAGCUGGAGAAGCAGCUGAGCCAGGCACGGCGGGAGCUGGAGGCGCUGCGGGAGCAGCUGAGCCCCCCGCGGCCGCCCAGCCCGCCGUCCCCGCGGCCACAGGAGUGCUACCGGCUGGCGCUGGAGCGGCGGCUGGCGGAGCUGGAGGAGAAGGGGCUGGUGCAGAUCCUGCGUGGGCCCGACGGGGACGUCGCCAUCGAGAUCGUCCCCGUUGUCAUAGAAACGCCGGCAGCCCCCGUGGUUGCUGGAGAGGCCACCGCCACUGUCACCACCGUCACCACCGCCACCUGCACAGAUGCUCCGGCUCUGGCUCCAGCCCCACCUCCCUCACCAGCCCCUGCUGCCCCUCCGCCCCCACCCCCACCCCCUCCACCCCCCCCACCGCUCCCAGGGGGGCUGGAGGGCCCUGUCCCCCCCCCUCCACCACCCCCACCCCUCGGGGGGGAGCUCCCAGCUGGGCCUGGUGCCCCCCAAACUGCCAACGGUUCAGUGAAGGUGAAGAAGCCCAUCCAGACCAAGUUCCGCAUGCCCGUCUUCAACUGGGUGGCCCUGAAGCCGAGCCAGAUCGACGGCACCGUGUUCACCGAGCUCAACGACGAGAAGGUGCUGCAGGAGCUGGACAUGAGUGACUUUGAGGAGCAGUUCAAGACCAAGGCUCAGGGCCCUGCCUUGGACAUCAGCGCCCUCAAGGCCAAGGCCACCCAGAAGGCCCCCAGCAAGGUGACCCUCAUGGAGUCCAACCGGGCCAAGAACUUGGCCAUCACCCUGCGCAAGGGCGGCCGCAGCGUCCAGGACAUCUGCACUGCCAUCGAGACGUACGACCAGCAAGCCCUGAGCCUCGACUUCCUGGAGCUGCUGCUGCGCUUCCUGCCCACCGAGUACGAGCGGACGCUGAUCGGGAAGUUCGAGCGGGAGCAGCAGCCGCCGGAGGAGCUGUCGGACGAGGACCAGUUCAUGAUCCGCUUCAGCAAGAUCCCGCGCCUGGCCGAGCGCAUGAACGUCAUGAUCUUCCUGGGCAACUUCAGCGACACGGCCCAGCUGCUCAUGCCCCAACUCAACGCCAUCAUCGCCGCCUCCAUGUCCCUCAAGUCCUCCAGCAAACUGCGCCACAUCCUCGAGAUCGUCCUGGCCUUCGGGAAUUACAUGAACAGCAGCAAGCGUGGAGCAGCCUACGGCUUCCGCCUGCAGAGCCUCGACGCGCUCCUGGAGAUGAAGUCCACAGACCGCAAGCAGACGCUGCUGCACUACCUGGUGCGGGUGAUCACGGAGAAGUACCCGGAGCUCACGGGCUUCCACACCGAGCUGCACUUCCUCGACAAGGCGGGCACAGUGUCCCUGGACGGGGUCCUGCAGGACGUGCGGAGCCUCCAGCAGGGCAUGGAGCUGACCCGCAGGGAGUUCCUGCGCCAGGACGACAGCCCCGUGCUCAAGGACUUCCUCAAGGUCAACUCAGAGGUGAUGGAGAAGCUGCAGGCUGACAGCAAAACUGCCAAGGAGGCCUAUGAGUCGGCUGUGGAGUAUUUUGGGGAGAACCCCAAGACCAGUCCCCCCACCACCUUCUUCCCCAUGUUCGUGCGCUUCAUCAGAGCCUACAAGAAAGCAGAGCAGGACAUUGAGCUGUGGAAGAAACAAGAGGCCGCGGCCAAGGAGGCAGAAAACAGCCCCACCGAGCAGCAGCCGGAGCUGCCCAUCCAGAAGGCCAAGCGGCAGCAGAUGGACAUGAUCGCUGAGCUCAAGAAGAAGCAGAUGGUGAAGGAGCCUCUCAUCUACGAAGGCAAAGAUGGGGCCAUCGAGGACAUAAUUUCAGAUCUGCGGAACAACCCGUACCGGCGGGGGGACAAGGGCCGCGGCAGCGCCAAGAAGCGGCCGGCGGGGCAGGGCCUGCAGGCCACGCCGGACAUCGCGCUGUGACCGGCGCCGGCCCUGCAGCUCCAGGACCGGGGCAGGACCAUCCUCCCGACGCAGAGGGGACCGCAGGAUGCCACCCCACUGUCCCGGGGCUCCGCGGGGCGGGGGACAGUGCCCGCUCCGAGCUGCUCCAGCCGCUUCCCGUGCCAGCUCCCCCUGCCCGCCCCGGGCUCUGGCGCAGGGACCCCCCCGUGCUUGCUUGGCGAUGCCCCUGAGCUCCUCUCCCCCAGGCUGGCAGGGCUGGGGGACCCUCCUGGGUACGGGCAGGGAGGGGGGAGCACAGAAAGGGCUCCAGCUUGUCCUGGAAGGCAAAGAGGGGCUGCCCUGUCCCUGCCCCGGCGCUGCUCCAUCGCCCGCCCGCCGCGGGACCGGCCCCGCACCGGUGUGUCCCACUCCUCAGCUUGCUGGUGCCUUGGAUUCCCGCUGCGGGAGGGGAGUGGGUGUCACCCGGGACCCGGCGGUCCCCGCACAUCUCCCGCACCUCCCCCGGCCCCGCAGAGCCCCCUGAGAGCCGCGUCCUCCUCCUCUGCUGCAGAGCUCCCACCCCGGGCCCCUCCCGUCCCCCGGGGCCCGGCAGCGGUGCUAUUUUAACAGGGAUUUUCUAAGUCUUCCUUCAAAUUCCUCUGCGCUGCGGGAGCAGGGAAUGCAACACCCACAUGCGGGGUGUCCCUGGGAUCCCAGGGCUGUGCCGAGCAGCAGUUCCCAGGAUCCCGAGGCCGGGCUGUUCCUCGCCGCAGGGGAGGCUCCGGAGCUGCGACAAUCAGCAGCAGGGACAAUCUCUGCGAGGUGCUGAUACCUCUGCCCGCCUGCAUGCCCCCAAAUCCGCCUCCGCUGUUGGGGCUGGAGCCUCUGGGAUCCCCCGUGACCGUCAGCCCGGGGGGCAGGAGCUGCUCCCUGUGCCGGGCAGCCUCCAGCAAACACGAUCCCCAAGGCUGCGGGGUCGCUGCUGCCGCCAGAGAGGCCCGAGAGCCGCACGAGCCUCCCGGUACCGCACCGGACCCGACCCCCCGACCCCCCGAUCCCUCCUCCCCCGCCCCGCUGCUGCCCAGUGACCCCCAGCCCCGCACUGUGGCCAUUAAACCCCUCAGUGCAUUCACUUCGUUAAACGGCCCCCGCUGCAGGAUGCGGCUGCACCUCCCUCCUCCUGUCCCUCCUCCUGCCCCUCCUCGCUAGUCCCGGCUUUAGCCCAGCUCAGCCCAGAGCAGCCGCUGCUUCCCGCUGUAUUUAAGCUGCUUCAGCGCCGGCUCCGCGUCACCCGGGGAGGGGUGGGGAAUGAAUGUGUAACUUAUAAAUGCCUUUAAGCCAGAAAUGUAAACCAUUAACUGCUCAUUUGUAUACAUUAUUUUUAUAUACUGAAGGCCUGUUUAAUUCUAAAGCAGAACUGGUAAUAAAACGUCUCAGAGGA